AUGGCUGCCAACGAGAUUUUCAACGACCUCAAUCUCGUUCUGCAAGUCAACCAGCACAUUCAGGCCGCGUCUGCAACAGCGUCUUCGUCUUCCAAGCACACGUCGUUCAAAGUACUGAAUAAUCUCGAGUCUGUGAGCUACUCCGAGUCGAGAGAAGAUGCGCAGUUCGACCACCAGCGCUCGACUUUCCUAUCGGCGAGCUCCAGUGACUUGCCAUUCCAUCUACAGGGCGAUAGAGACUUCAAUGAAGCGAGUGUAAUGGCAAAAAGACGAGCUCUGCGCUUCUCGGAAGCUGUCAAGACUCGAAUUGAGUUUCUAUGGGAGGUGGCAGGCGGGAAGAUACGAGCGGAAAUGGCUCAACGAGUGCGUCAACAGCAACGUCAAGACGACGAACGAGCAAGACGACAAAGUGUCCGUCGUCCAACUGCAGUGGAUGGAGUUAAGCAGCUACUUCCCCCGGUUGCAGCACUGGAUGAACAGGACUAUAUGGCGCUUAUGCUGCUAGUUUUUAAAGUUUUACGAGACGAUUUCGUACUGGAAAAUGCGCACAAACAGAUUCAAUGCGACUGGGAAGUGGACAGUCAUCAUGGAAAAACGUUAAGCUUUGAUCAGUUCUUUGCAGCUGUGUUCGAAUUGGUGGAUGUUUGGACCUGCGAUGUGGAGGAGGUCACCUACGAGCGCUUCUUGCAUCUACUAGCCCUACGAAUUACGCAACGAGUGGCAAUUUUUAUGGAUGGAGCGGAACUCAAACUUUCACUGUCAGACAAUUUUGAGCCCGAUGUGGUGGUGAAAGCCAUUCCGUUGCGAACUGUCCCGAAAUUCGUGUCCGUUGCUCGUGUUGUGGCUGCUCUUGGAGUGACUACAGUCGGAGACUUGGCUCGAGCUGACCCCAAAAUUGUGGAGAAGAAUCGAAUCGAUUUCAUUCAGCGGAAUAAUGGAGGUGUCGUCCCGAAUGGCCUCAGCGAAAUGCGAAAGAUUGGGCAGGAUCUACAGACUCUGCUCGAAAUGUUCAAAAGCAUUGCUCUGCAGUUCGAGAAUAUAAACUAUGUUCUCGACAACAACGUGCUGCGUAGGUUACCUAAAACCGCUGCGGCCUCCCGCCAACAACCUGAAGAAAGCAGUAUGGAACCUAGUGACACUAAUUCUGCUAAUUGGAGCCAUUCUGAACAAGUCUCUGCGAGCGGAGACAUUUAUGUUGGAACAGGAAUUAACGAUGCUACUUGCUCGUUUGGAAGUGUUCCUGUUGGUACCAGAUCAUUGAUACGCAGCGGCAACUUGCCAAGUAAAAGUGAUGCUAAGUCAAGGCAAACCCAGUCAACCGUUGGUAAUGAAAACUUUAAUGGCUCAAGUAUGACUGAGUUUACACAAAAUCCUGAUACAAAGCAUGGUAUACCACUUACUCGUGAUAGUAGCAGUGCUCACAAUUUUGAAAAUGCUCGAGCUGACAAACGAGAUGCCAGUGUACCCGAUAGCAGGAGCCCCAAUCUCCAUCCUCAAGCCAAUACCGGAGCUCGAGGCGCGAGUGAGAGCAGUGCUGGCUUCAUCCAACCGAUUAAUUCUAUCUAUGAGUUGCAGAGCGCUAAUACAGAUGUCGUGAACGCAUUGCGCUCGACUUUCUUGAUCGAAAAAGCGAUUUCCAUUGAACGGCAAACGGAAUUACCAUCCAUUCGGGAAGAGUUGGUAAAGUUUGGAGUAGGUAGUGAAGUCACAAAAUUUGCAGAGGAUACAGUCAGAGACCGGUAUAAUGCUCUGUACGAUCUACUUGUCUUACGAGAUGGAGAGAGUCUCAAAUCCCUCGCAGCCGUCAUGUUGGAGCAGAUCAAAUUGGAGCUGAGUAAACAUGGAAUAAUUGUCAAUGAUGAGGAAGCUGUGGAAGAAGUAUACGAUGGAUUUUACGCCUCUGUAGUGACAGGGACUGGUGACUCUAUCGUGGAAGAGGCCCAACGCUGGAUGGAAGAUACUGUACAGGACAACAAAGUGAACGACUACAUCCAGCAUGAUUUCCAUGAAUUAAAGUCAAUUGAUGAAGUAAAUCUGCUUGGUUCUAAUCUGGGAGAUGAAGAGUUUCUGUCACUUUUGGCCAAAGAUGAUGAUAAAGAAGAUGAAGUCGUUGUAGACACCGGCAAGACUAUAACAAGGAAAAGCUCGAGCCUAAUUCAGAGAAAACUGAGUCGAGCUGUUACUGUGUCAAUACCUUCACCCGUUGAUACUUUCAAGGAAAGUCAAAGCAGAUUAUCUGAACCAGUGGAAGAAUUGUUACCCCAACGACCUAUGGAUCCAGUGAGUACACCAGUAAACGAUGAAGUGGACCAUAACAUUGGUGACAAGAAGAAGAAGAAGAAAGCGAAAAAGAAGAAAAAAGUAGUUGAGCCGCAGUCUUCUUCACAUACGUCGGCCUCCUCAUUUGGUUCUGUAGAUUCUAGAAAAUCACCACCUCCAACUCCUGUAGAAGACGGGAACUCAUCAAACUCAGAUCAUCACAAAGAGAAACCAAUAACUAAAGCUCGCAAGCCCAAACUUCUGGUUACAACUCAAGCUCAAGCGCAGGAUGAGGUCGUGGAGAAUAAUGUCGUCGACCAAACUACUAGCCUUGGGCCACCAAUCGAAGCAACAGACGCAGUGAACGCAGUUGAACCUGACGAUACCAAUCGCAACAAGCCACCGCUACCCUCACGCCAUGGUCGUCCGAAUACUGAGCUUCACAUCGACACUGCGGUAGGCGAAAAGAACCACCGUGACAUUUCUGAGCAACAUACGGCGCGUGAUGCCUUGAAUGUUGCAAUUGAGCUAGAAGUGGAAAAUAUUGCUACAGAUACUAGCGCACGUGUUGACGUGGAAAGACCUAUUUCAUUGGAGCCCAAGAUGCCAAAGAUCGCAAUCGGUGGCUCUGCAAGUGCGAAGAACGUACCAGUUACAGGGCGCUACAUUCAACUCUUGGGUCUUGGAACAGUACUCAUCACGAAGGACGAGCGUGAUUUCUUCCAAUUACUGCGGUCGCACGAAAGCCUCGACACUGAUUUGGUAUGCUUUGAUAUUGGUACCGAUCUCGACACGGCCUUAAGUAAACUCCAAACUAUUCAACAGCAUGUAGGCAAUCGAGUGAUACUGUUCGGUGGUAAUACUGACGAGCCCGAGAGAACACAGCAGGUUGCGUUGGAAUGCCUCGCACACGGAGCUCUCUACUUUGCUACCAUCCCAUUCAACUUUCCCCGGCUACGAGAGAGGAUCAUGUCAUUCUUUGAGAAUUCCAAGCAGCCAUACAUCCUACGACAACGGAAACCACCUGGUCAAACUGCCCAGAUGGGCUCUUCUAUCGGCACUGGCAGUCUCUUUGCAUUGCAUGACGAACCACGUAGAGUCUCAACCAGUGUGGCUUUCGCUAAGACACCUCGACGUAAAGUUGCAGUGGCAACCCCUGCUCUACCUUCUUUGUCACAUUCUCCACGUGAAAUCUCUCAGUCUUUCCCCCAAGGUUUAAGUGAACCUCGCCAUGCCGACUUCACCCCAAUUGCGCCCAGUACACCUCGAUCUUCACAGUCCAGAAACAGAUCACCCCGUUUUUCGACGGCAUUGAAUAAGCUGAUCCGGUGA